CUGCUCUGUUUAUUACCACACAACGUUUGAAGACUCAAACAUGGAGGUGAAGCUGUUGGUCUGUGCUGUGCUGCUGCUCGUCUUCAUGGUCUCAGGAAACCACGCACAGUUAGACGUUUGUGGCACCGCACCGCUCAACACGAAGAUCGUAGGUGGCGAGGACGCUCCUGCAGGAUCGUGGCCCUGGCAGGUGAGUCUGCACACCUCUGCUCACUUCUGUGGAGGCUCCCUCAUCAACAGCCAGUGGAUCCUGACUGCUGCUCACUGUUUCAGUAGCGACAGCACGUUCGGUUUGUUGGUUUACCUCGGACGUGACACUCAACAAAGCCUGAAUCCUAACGAGGAGUCCCGGACAGUGUCCCAGGUUAUCAGACAUCCAGAUUAUAAUGAAAACUCCAAUGACAACGACAUAGCCCUGUUGAAACUGUCCUCGACCGUGGACUUCACCAGCUACAUCAGACCUGUGUGUCUGGCAUCAGCUGACAGUGUUUUCCCAACUGGGACAAACUGCUGGGUCACCGGCUGGGGAACUAUUAACUCUGGUGUUUCCCUCCCUUCCCCUCAGCGGCUGCAGGAGGUGCAGGUUCCCGUCGUGUCCCAGAGUACGUGUCGCGAAGCUUACAGUCAACUCACAAGCAACAUGAUCUGUGCAGGUCUGUCCGAGGGAGGGAAGGACUCCUGCCAGGGAGAUUCAGGCGGCCCCUUGGUGAGCAAAAAUGACUCCAAGUGGGUCCUUGCGGGAGUGGUGAGUUUUGGAAAUGGCUGUGCUGAACCCGACUUCCCAGGAGUCUACACCCGAGUGUCUGAGUAUGAGUCCUGGAUCAAAAGCCAAAUCACCAGCGACCAGCCGGGCUUCGUCUCCUUCACGGGCUCUGGAGCCACCGGAGCCGCUCGCAUCUACUCACUCUCGCUUCCACUGCUGCUGUCCCUCCUUCCUGUUCUCCUCCCUCUCUUCGUCCUCUCGUAGGACAUUUGAUGAUGCCAGAUGUUCGUCAGGAAGAUUAAUGAAGAAAUAACCAUAAAAACAUCCGUCUGAACCAGGUUAAUCAAAUAUUACAGACAAAUAGAAAAUAAAUUGAAUAAACUUAAUGAUGUUUUACUCUAUUUGAUGAUUAGGUUGAACAUUAGUUGGUUAUAAUACAGUUUGAAGUGAUCAUAAGUUACUUUAUCACUGUGGGAUUAUUAAUGAACUUUAUUAAUGAUCUUAUUAGUACAGGACCUCAUCGUCCAUCAAGCUGUCUGACUCUUUUACCUGAAAACUCAUUUUAAUUACCUGUGUUAAUGAGCAUAAAUAUUCAUUUAUUUGCACUGAAGGUAAAGUUUUUAAACUUGAACCUGUGACAAUGAAAAAACAUCUUUACUUUUUACCUCUUUUAAAUUUUGUAUUAUUAUUGUAACUUUUAAUACUUUCAGACUAUUUUUACACUGAACAGCUGUGACCAACUGUGAUUUACUGUUUAAACAAAGCUUACAUGAAGUGCAUUAAAUUGUUCUGACAAAUAACCAAUUAAUUUGAUUUUAUAUUAACAGAUGCAAUCGUGUAUUAGAAUCACUUUUCAGUGUGGAUUAUAUUGGACUGGAAAUGUUAAAUAAAUGCUUUAUUUACUUUUUUCUUA